AUGAGUACGCAGUCGGCGGCGGCGGCAACAGAGUCCCUCGAGGCCCUCUCUGCAGCUCCGAAAGCGAACCCCGCCGGGACCGCCUCGAAGGGGGCCCUUCCCAUUGACGCUCCGGGUCCUCUCGGCGAUGCCGCUGCGCGUUGCUAUUGGCUGGCUGGGACGUCAAUCAUCAAAUCCGGCUUCCUAUUGGCCGGGGGGCGGGCUCUCCGAGGCGAAGGGGAAGGAGAAGAGCUCAGGAGCGGGAGCAAAAGCUUCAGAGGAGGCAGACAGGGAGAGAGAGAGGCCGGUGCGCGUCUGGCCGCCGCUUCUUCUCCACGCCGGACGGACUGCAGGCAGGCUCUGCCCUGCUGGGCUUUCGGACCCCGUGUGGUGUCUCGCGAGGCUCCGCCGGGCCAGCGAGGGACCGACCCGGACCCGGACCCGGACCCGGACCCGCACCCAGCCGCGGGCGGCGGCCGCAGCAUCAUGUCAGCCAAGGACGAGCGGGCCCGGGAGAUCCUGAGGGGCUUCAAAUUAAAUUGGAUGAACCUUCGGGAUGCUGAAACAGGAAAGAUCCUCUGGCAGGGAACAGAAGACCUGUCCGUCCCAGGAGUGGAGCACGAAGCUCGUGUCCCCAAGAAAAUUCUCAAGUGCAAGGCAGUGUCUCGAGAAUUGAACUUCUCUUCAGCAGAACAAAUGGAAAAAUUCCGCCUGGAACAGAAAGUUUACUUCAAAGGGCAAUGCUUAGAAGAAUGGUUCUUUGAAUUUGGCUUUGUAAUCCCCAAUUCCACAAACACCUGGCAGUCCCUUAUCGAGGCAGCGCCUGAAUCCCAGAUGAUGCCAGCCAGCGUGCUAACUGGGAAUGUUAUCAUUGAGACAAAGUUUUUUGACGACGAUCUUCUUGUAAGCACAUCCAGAGUGAGACUUUUCUACGUUUGAGAGAAGAAUAUUUGUGCAUUUCACGAAUUUGGGGAAUUUUUUUGUGGGGGAGAAGGAGGAAACUGUUUACUCUUUCCCAGACCUUUGAUUUUUGAUCCUUCCUCCCCGAUUCUCUACGGCACCACCUGUGGCCACCUGGGGACCAGCUCUGUACAGGUAACCAGGUAGCUCUUUUACCCCAAGCCACCAGCUUCCACUGACCAGAUUAAACUCCCACCCAGAGACCAGGCCCAGGGGUGAGUAAUAUGGAGACAAGCGCACCAGGAGCCUGCCUGCCUCCUCCUUCCUGGCCUAGCGGCUGAUGCAGCUUCCUUUGGCCUCUGGUUUUGGAAAUAUUUAUGUUCCUGGCUCAUGUUUAGUUUUUCCUACACUUCUAUUUCAUACAUUCUCAUGCAUUUAACUUGUAAAAUAGACUGAUCUUAUAAUUGUUGUUAUUAUUAUUAUUAUUAUUACAUUAUGAAUUAAAACAAAUUAAAAGAUUCCUA